CGAUAGACUAAAUUAGGGUUCCGCUUGGUGCAAGCACAUGGCCGCCUGAUUUGAAAUGGUGGCGCAGAACUCUCCGGCCCUGAUCAGCUUUCUCUGCGCGCUAGAGAAGCUAGAACGUGGCUAGUAGCAAGGAAGGUGGUCACACAUGGACGUAGGUCCUUAGAAUUCCCCUUUCGUAAGAGGUUCUCAUUGUCGUUCGCUUCUUGGUCUUGGCAGAGGAGUGUCUGCAAGACGCCACAAUCACUGUGAAGAUGGGUUUCUUAGGAGCAAUUUUGCUUCUGUCACUGGUCCUGGGCGCUUUUGCGGACGACAAUCCUGUGUACAAUCCAUGCGGGGAUGCCCCUGCUGUGGCAAGAGGAGACGGCUUUACAUUUGCAGUUGCUCUUGGAUCGGAUCCAACCUUUUGGCAUGGGUUGUCUCCUUGCGACCCCAACCUCGUGCAAGUGCCUGAGAUUCUUCCAAGUGGAACUUCAAUGGCAGUCUUUAGACCCAAGGUAGAUGAGUUGUCGCUCAUUCGCUUCAACAAUAUCAGCCUGAACAACUUAAACAAUCAGUUCCCUGGGAAUCAGUCCCUAAUGGUCUAUGCCGGCAGUUAUCCUGCAUACAUCUCCGUACCCAAGACAUAUCGGACCCCUUUGGGGCAAGUGCCUACAUUUUCGCUUGUAUUGGACUUCAAUAGAGGGAAGCUGCGCAAUAUCCUCUGGAAAAACGAAGAUUGCAAGACUUGUGAGAAGCAGUACUGCUUCAACAACAGGAAUUGUGCAGUGCCCCAGGCUACUUGUGACCAGUCCAGAGGAACAGAUCCAAACCGCUGCAGAUUGGCGCUUCAAGUGGCCUUCUCCGGCACCGAUAAGAACAUGGUGCCUAUGCAGUCGUGGUACCAAAUUGCCCAGCUGAAACAGUACUCGAUCACAGGUUUGUAUGGGCAGGCAGUGGAUAAUUUCAAUGCUGCCAUAGGCAACGUUGUGGACAAUGCAAACGCAAUCACAAACCCUUGAAUUACUGCUUCGUCUAACCUACGGUAUCUGCUCGCCUCUUGAUUGUUGAAUCCUCACAAGCUACACCAUCUUGAUGAAAGGUUCAUUAGAAGUACGAACUCAGCUAUCAAUGUUUUUGGGUGUGCUUUAAGUGGUGCCCUUUGCACGACCGUCCUUAGCACCG